ACGUGUAUCAUGCAUCAGUCGAAUUUCUGAAUCUUUAAAACUGCAACUUUACCAAAAAUUUAUUGUCGAAAACCUUUCUGGUUAUUGUCAUAUUUAUUUUAAUCAAAUUAGUCUUAUUCCAUUCUAAGUGUUUUUUUUUUCGCUGUACUAAUUGAAAUAUAAAAAUGGAGAACCCAUUACGUUACGAAACUUUCAAGUCAGAGAACCCCACAAUUUCAUCGACAUACAGCAAAAAUGCUGAAGAACUUGUGGAGUCCAUGUCAUGGGAGGAAGGGGAUAUAAUCAUGGAUUAUGGCUGCGGAUCAGGUCAAUUUAUGACUGAGUAUCUCUUCCCAAAAAUUCCGAACCCGAGAUGUAUUUGCGGAGUGGACAUCUCUCCAAAUAUGAUCCGGUUCGCCUAUGAAAACUGUAAGAACAAAGAAAACAUUUAUUUUGCCAUUGGGGACAUCAUGGACAAGUAUCAAUGGACAUUCAAGGAGAAAAUGGUUUCCAAGUUUGUGGCCUAUUUAGUGCUCUGCUAUGUUCAGGAUUAUCGCGGAUUUAUCAGCAAAGUUUAUGAUUUUUUGAAACCUGGAGGUCAAGUAGGAAUGUUGGUGCCAUUUUCGAAAGCUUAUGGCAUUCCACAUCAACUCCUUUCCCAGGAGAAGUGGGCACAAUAUGCAGAGAAAAAAGAAUUGACGAACCAUUCCUCAUUCGCACCAUGGACCUAUGCCGAGGACAUUGAUGCUCCAUCCUCCAUCAAAGAUUCCCUUCUCAGUUGCGGGUUCCGAAUUGAUCGAUUCACUGUCAAUGACAUCAAACUGGAAUUCCCUUCCAUUAGAAAUCUUUGCGAAUUCCUUUGCACCAUCACAUCUGCACUGAGCACAGUGCCCGAAAAGUUCCACGACGACUUCAUGGAAGAGAUGAUAGACUACGUGACAUCCAAUUUGGGCAGCAGCAGAGGGGUGACGACACAUCCGGGAGAUAACAAUUCUUCGGUGAUCUCGGUCGAGUGGAAAUUUUUAAAUUUUGUUGCUACCAAACCUUAAAGUGAUUUGGCGAUGAACACGUGUAUGUGUGUGUUUUAUUACUAUUUAUGCAAUUUUACGUUUUAAUCUGUUAUAUAAUGCGAAAUGUACAAAGUGUAAAUAUUUGUAACUUUUAUUUAUGAAAUUUGUAUCAUAUUAAAUAUUUUAAGCAUUGAAGUCACAAA